GGUGGGACUGGAGUGGAGCUGCGUUCAGCGGACUGACAACACAGCAAUGCGGACGAAGGGGGACAAAAACAGGAGGAAUAGUUCGGUUUUCUGUAUCAGCCCGGCGGGUCGGGGCUUCAUUUGACUGUGAGGUACAACCAAGCGGAUAUUUCGCCUCCAGAAACACGCCGAAGAAGAUAUUAGCGGGCUUGAAGCAAAACCGGGGCGGAUAUAUCCCGAGGAAAACCCAAAACCACAUCCGUAUUCCCAACCCCGGUGGCCGUGCGGAAUAGUCUACAAAAAGAAUGAUUGCCUGAAUAUUUUUCUACUGUCUUGUAUCGUCUCUUUUUUUUUUUUUUUGCCAGCCACGCAUAUUAUUUUUUAAAAUAGACCCACUAUGGUGGACUCCCCUACCAUGAAGAAGACUUUUGUGGUCCCAGACAUAAAGCCAUUGGAUUUGUACGACUGCACUAAAUCAAAAAUAUGCGCAAGUGUCGGAUGGCUGCUGGCGAAGUCCUACGGCAGUGCAGAAAAUGUCCCUGCAGAGCUGCGUGACCCCUUCUACUGUGACCAGUAUGAACAGGAGCAUCUCAAACCUCCAGUCACUCGCCUCCUGCAGUCCUCGGAGCUCUACUGUCGUACCUACAGCUUACUACUUAGGAGUGCUGGAGCUGAGGCGCAGCCCAAAGACAACGUUGCACUGCUGCAACUCCUCACUCAGAGAUGCAUUGUCGCCAAAGACCGGGAUACAGUUGUAACGGAUGCAGACCUUCGACAUAAACCCAUCAAAAUGAGUGCUCACCUUGCAGUGAUGGAUGCCUUAAUGGCCGUGGGAGCCAUGGAGACGGUGACUGCGGUGAAGACAUGUGGUUCUGCUGAGUUACUGGGUGGAGCUGCGAGCUGGGAGGAUGCUCUACUUUAUUGGGUUAAUGGGCUGAAUCAAAAGCUACGGGAGCGUACUGAAGGAGCCCAGGAUGACUCUUCUCAGGAAGCUACAGAGCCUCAACCUGUCGAACCAUCUCUUCGAUACCGGAAGGAUAAAAUUCAGUCCAAACUAAAGCCGAUUUUCCCUGUUGUAAAUGAAGUUAAAGAUCUGUCCAAUGGUUGUGCUGUUGCUGCUGUCAUACAUUACUAUUGCCCUGGCCUACUAAGACUUGAAGACGUUUGUAUGAAGGACUCCAUGUCUGUAGCAGACAGCCUGUACAACCUGCAGUUCAUCCGGGAAUUCUGCGACAGCUGUCUAAAAGGCUGCUGUAGCUUGGCACUGGAGGACAUGUUGUACACCCCACAAGAGCUUCAGCUGAACUUUCUGAGCUUCCUGUCAGAACUGCUUUGCUGGUUUGAAGUACAAAGGCCAGACUUUGUUCAGCCCGUAGACACAUUGGAUGGAUCCACACCACUAACACCAAGUAGCUUGAGUGGUAACAGUACCUCCCCCUCAAUCUUCAAGAAGCCCUUCCUUCCAAUUUCCUCCCCUGCAUUAGGAUCUUUGACUCAGUCUACCUCAAUGUCUCAUAUAGAAGGAGUUGGAAAGACAUGGAGCAAGAAACCUCUGAGUCGGCCCUUAUCAGCAGUGUCCUUCAGCAUUCCUUUUGGCCUGGACAGUGAUGUGGAUGUUGUGAUGGGCGACCCUGUUAUAACCCGAUCUGUCAGCUCAGAUCAGCUCAACCGAGGUGGACAAAACACAACCCGAGUACCCUACACUCCCCCUGAAGACCUCAGCCAUUUACUCAACAAACCACCUGGACCCAACGGUCCCCAGAGAGCAUCAUGGGCCACUCAGACUCCCAGUAUUCCACGAGUGGCAGAAGAGAAUGGCCAUGACACAACUGAAACAGGAGAGCUGCCAACCAUAGAAGAGGCCCUUCAAAUAAUUCAUAAUGAGAGCAAAAUGGAGCCUCGUUUACACCCUGAUGGUGCUCCUGAUGGCUUUUACCUCCACUCUCCUGAUGACCCUGCUAGUUCUAGAUUUAACAGCACCCCGACGCCCAUCAGUAGCUCUGCCCCAACACGCUCAGGGAUGAUGUAUCGGCCCACAGGAGAGACACGGGACCCAGUUCGCACCAGAAACACUUCUGAAUGUUCACGUGACGAUGACUCAGUUCUGAGAGAUGGCAGUGUAGAUUCGGAUGCCUCAGAAGAUCAGCCGAAGGCCCAGUCCACACCAAACACACCAGCUGCCAGUGCUGUCUCUUCUAGAGGCCAUAGCAAGGAGGUGUCUGAUAGCGGUGUGAAGAUGACCAGCUUUGCUGAACGUAAAAAGAAACAGAAUAUUGAGUCUCCUAAAGCCAGCAACCCGUCUUCUCCACAGUUGACCACGUGGGCGCAGAAGUCCGAAGAAAGCCCGAGCAAGAGCCCGCAGCUCAGCAAUGAGAUGUCUGAGCUGGGGGUUCGGCUUGAAGAAAAGCGCAAAGCGAUUGAAGCCCAGAAGAAACGCAUUGAGGCUAUUUUUGCAAAACACCGACAAAGACUGGGGAAGAGUGCCUUUCUGCAGUUGAAAAAAGAGCAGGAUGACGAUGAGGGGAAAGGAGGUCAGGUUAGCACCUCAUCUACAGAGGAAGACCUCUCUCGCUUGACAUUAGAGGAAAGGCUGGCUCGAAUGGAAGAAGAGGAGCAGCAGGAGCAAAAAGAACAGCACCCCUCUGUGGAGGAGGAAGGUAACAUUAAAGGAGGAUUUGUACUCGGCAAAGAGGUCGACCAGACCAAGGAAAAGGCAGGUGCACCAGGGGGAAAGAGCUCGGAAGCAUCUGGGGACAAAGUAGUUGCUCCUUUAGGAGACUAUAACAAUGCUGUGUCCAAGUUAACUGCAGCUCUCACCUCCCUGCAAAGCGAUAUGCAGCGGCUGACUGAGCAACAAGGUCAACUGAUCAAGAAGAAAGCCCCAUCUCCCAGCAAUAAGUCAUGGGUUAUUCCAUCCAGCCCCUCUGCUUCUUCAGCGACCGCACACCCUGCACGCCUGUCCCGAGAAUCCACACGAGGUUUAAACUCAACUUCUUCCUCCCCUUCUCCAUCUCGUAAACUCUCCUACCAUGCCACUCCUCCAAAAUCUCCUCAAGCUCACCGGAGAGCCCAGUCUGUACCUCCUAAAAGCCCCAAACACAGUCGUAAAAUGGAGAUGAAGGUCCCAAUUUCAUCAAGAGUUAUCACCGCACCUCAGAACGUGGACCGCAUCCCCCAUCUUCGUCGAGGAAGUCCCUGGCAAUCCCAAGUCCAAACUUCUUCAUCCUUCUCAAUAGGUGACUCCCAUAACCCAGAUGAGCUGCACUCAACCCCUCUCCCCACCCCCACAGAGACCCCUGUACCAACUCCUACUCCCACUCCACAGCCUCCUGCUGAUGACAGCCUGUCAGAGGUCGGCUCCAAUGAUGGACACAGUGUGUUUAGCAUUGACCUAGAGGCAGGGCCCUCACAUACUCCUAUGGUAAGGAAGGAGCGGCUUGCGAGUGGGGGGUGCAGCUCCGGUGCUCCAUCAGAGUGUUCCUUUGAAAGUGAGGCGCCAACAGGGAUGUUAAACGGAAAAUGCAGUAGCUUGAUAGAGAUCCCACUGUCUGCCUUGAGAGGAGAUGGGGAGGAGGAAGACCAUAUGCCCGACGCUUUCUCUGAUUCAAUGAGCGACCAGACUGAGCCAGAUUCAAAAUUGGGAGUUGGGUUCUUUUUCAAGGAUGACAAAGAUCGAUCAGAGGAUGAGAUGGCCCAGCGAAGAGCAGCUUUGCUGGAGAAACAACAAAAAAGAGCAGAAGAACUGAAGAGGCGCAAACUUGAACAGGAAAAAGAAAAAGAGUCAAACAAGCCACAGUGGAUGAUUAUCGAGGGCUGGGGGAAUAAGGCCGACGACAGGCCUCAGACCCCAGGCACCCCCCCAGCAUCAUGCACACCACCAGCUGAAGGGACUCCCCAGCGCAGAGGAGACUUCACUAGGCAAGAGUACGAGAGACGACACCAGCUGAAGAUCAUGGAAGACUUGGACAAGGUGUUGAGGCAGAAACCUACCACAGUUCGUGGUGUCAAGAAGCAAAGACCCAAAACUGUCUUCAGAGAUGACUCUGUCCUGUCCAACAGCCCUGUCAAAGGUUCCAUAGGCACUAAGCUUAACAGAGUUUACUCCCACUCAACAAUGAACCUGUCCUCUAUGGCGAAUGACUCCGGAGGCAUGACGAUCAGGAAAUCUCCAAGCCGUUCACACUCUCCUUCCCGGUCACGGUUAAUGUCACCCGGACGAAUGAGUGCUCAGAAUGGGGAAAAGGACUGGGAGAAUGGCUCCACCAUUUCCUCCCCUGCCUCCAUUCCUGAAUACACAGGACCAAAGCUGUACAAGGAGCCAAGCUUUAAGUCCAACAAGUUCAUCAUUCAUAAUGCCAUUACUCGCUGCUGCCUUGCUGGCAAAGUCAAUGAACCACAGAAAAACAAGAUUGUAGAAGAAAUGGAGAAGAGCACAGCCAAUCACUUCCUCAUCCUCUUCAGAGAUUCCAGCUGCCAGUUCAGAGCAGUUUAUACAAUGAACCCUGAAACUGAGGAGAUGGUACGGAUCACUGGCAUUGGACCUCGAGUCAUUACACCUGAGAUGGUGGAGUCCAUUUACAAGUACAGCUCUGACCGCAAGCAGUUCACGGCCAUCCCGUCCAAAACCAUGUCCAUGAGUGUUGACGCCUUUACCAUCCCUGGCCAUUUUUGGCAAAAGCGCCCAGGAACUCCCAAGAAGCUUAGCACCCCCAAAUAAAGCCUUACCCAAGACGGAUAAGGAUAUUAGCAUUCAGGGAAUCAGAUCCCAUCUUGACUUGACACAUUUCCUCUUGCUUUGCCGGUGUGACACUACAGGUUUUUAGGUCUAGCGGCGGACAGCACGAUUGACAGUUUGUGGCCAGUUAUUAACCUGGACCCCGAGAAUAAUCCUGUUAGCUAUAAAUACCAGACAAUGGGGAAAUCACCCACUUAAUCAGCCAAUGCAAUUGUAAUAGUUGUAUCUUCUGAGCUUUUUGACAGGCUCUACGUUGUUUUUUUCAGAUUGUAAAAGGAAAUAUGACGAAUUCUAUUCAGAAAAUGAAUUCUUCUUCCCUCGACUCUUCAUGCCUUGCCUUACCCUGCCGUGCCAGAGUCCCUUUUGAGACUCUUGGUAAGCAUUGGAGGGGAAAACCACACAGCCUUUGCCCACACGACAGUAUUUUGGGCACAAGUAGUUCCAACCCCUCGGCUUGCUUUUCCUUUCGCUGCAUUUUCUUCCUCCAGGGCUCACUUCAGGAUACUGAGGCAAGUAGGUAAGCUCUCAGUUCUCACUGGAGUUCUCAGCUGAAGUGAAAUGGCAGGUAACACUGCUCUCAUGAAUGUAGGGCACACUCUAAAACAGCUCACUUCAUUCAGGGGUGUUUUUCACUGUUUAGUCUGGACCAGAAAAAUAAAACCAUGAUAGAUGGUCCCUUACAGGGCUGCACUGGUGGUGGAUACUGUGGAUGCCAAUGGACACACACACACCUACAAACGGCCUGUGCCCCAUAGUUUGUGCACUCCACUCCAACUCUCCUUCGGCUGUAGACAUCUGGAUGUUUUUUAUACUCUUUUGACAUGUUUUGCGGGACAAAUAAUUUCAGUCAUCGUGUGCUGAAAGAAGAAUGAAAUUUAAUGUGACUUUUUUCUCAUACUUGCUCUCUCAUUGAAAUGUAAUCUGAGCUGGUCUUGAAAAAGAAUCAUAGAAACAUGAAGGAGAGCUCUAUCAUGUUUAUCAUUACUUGGAUACCACUCUUUAUGAAAAUGAUAAUCAAUGCUAAUUUAAUAUAUACUGAAUGCUGAUGAAUCAGAUUUUUUUUUUGACAAUGAUUUAUAAAGUAAGUUGAGCUAAGUUGUAAACUGAAAUAAACUGGCCUGCUGCUUGAGCAUUAGUGAGAUGUAUGUUUGAGAUGAGAAUGAAUGGAUGAUAAUUUGUCAAACAGCUGAAAUGAAUUAAAAUAGGGAUGAAUAAAUCCUUUAGGUCACUGAGAGUCUCUUUCCUAAUAUAUUAUUCCCUGUUUGUGUGUCCCGGCAUAUAAACAGUAGGUUACUUGAUGAAGGAACAUACUGGACUGUAACAGCCCUCUUCUACCCCACAGUCUCUAGAGACUCCUUCAUGUAAAAAUGGGGAAAUGUAAAAUGCCAAAAUGCUUUUUUUCUUUUCUUUUUUUCUAUGACAAUAAAACUGACCCCAUGGUUGCUUGUGAUGAGUACGCAAUAUUGCCACUAGUCUGUGGGAAAUAAGCCGUCUCCUCUUCUGGCACUGCCGCGAAGCAGCCGAUUUCUUCCAAAAUCAUUAACUGCCUCCAAAAAAUGUGUUUGAAGGAGAUUUAAAUUCCAUGUGAAUAACAACUUUUGGUUGGAUGAUUGAUUAGGAUUGUUUAUGAAGGAAUGCAUAUUGAAUUAGUGAAUGUUUGUAUUUAUGUAUUCGUAAAGCGUAGUAGGAGGUAGUAGCUACCGUAUUUUGAUUCUGUACAAUUCUUUUCUUAAAAAUCCCAUCAUCACCCAGAGGUGUAUUUAUUUGCUUUUGAAUUAAAUUAGAAGAAGGUGCAUUUGUUUUAGUUUCAGGUGAAGUUUUUGCCUGUUUUCUUUCUUUUUUUUCACUAUUUGUUGAAUUGAGUCAAAUAUUCCUUUCAUAGAAGUUGUCAUAGCAUUUCUUUUCUUCUGUUUUUCUGUCUGUGCCAGCACGUUAUAUAUGUUCAUUUAAAAAUAAAAACAAAAC